AUGGGUGGGAAAUCAGCUGCUAAAGUAAUUAUAACUGUCGCUACAAUAGUUUCAAUUAUUACUAAUAUUUAUAUCUACACAUAUCCUUCUGUAGAUCCAACAAAAUGUUUCUGGAGGUGUAAGAGUUCAAUGACUGAAUAUGAGCAAGAUAUACUAGAACAAGGUGGUCAAUUAGAAAAAGCUGCUUACUUUACUAAAAGAUAUUUAAAGGAUGUUUCAAAGCAAUUGUUCUCGAAGAAAGAUAGGUUAAGUAACGAUGAUGAUGAUGUUCCAGAGGUGCAUAUGCUAGCCUUUGGUGAUCCACAAAUUAAAGGUACCUUUAAGAGCACUCCAUAUCGUACACGUUUGGAUACUUUUGGUAAUGAUUACUUCCUAGGUCAUAUCUUCGAUACAAUGGUAUCAAGAUUAAAUCCAACUCAUGUUGCAGUAAUGGGUGAUCUGUUUUCUUCUCAGUGGAUUGGUGAUUCUGAAUUUUAUAAUAGAACAAUAAGAUAUGUUUCAAGAAUCUUUAAAAGAGAUGUUUCAUUAUUGGAAAGUAUUAAAGAAAAUAAUAAAAAUGCCAAUAAUGAAUAUCAAGUUGAUUGGGAUUUAUGGGGAAAGAAUUUUAAUCAAAUUCGUAAAGAGGGAAGCCCAAUGAAUUUUGACUUUGGUUACAGUGAUGUACACUCGUGGGAAGAUAACGAAAAUUACUUAUUUAUUAAUUUGACCGGUAAUCACGACAUUGGUUAUUCUGGUGAUAUUACUUAUCAACAUUUGUCUAGAUACAACCAAUUAUUUGGUAAAGAUAAUUAUUGGGUUGAAUACGAUCUAGAUACUGACCAUCCAUGGAGAAUAGUUGUUUUGAACUCAGUUGCACUAGAAGGACCUGCUUUACAACCAGAGUUUCUUGAAGUUACAUGGGAAUUUUUAUAUCAAUUGUUUGAAAGAAGAUUUAAUGGUAGUACUGUUUUGUUAACUCAUGUUCCUUUUUAUAAACGUGAAGGUUUGUGUUCUGAUGGCCCUGAAUUCAGAUUUUAUCCUGAAGCUUAUGAAAAGGAACCAUAUAAAUCAAAUUUAUUGAGAUCUCAGAAUCAUUUAAGUGAAGAUGUUUCAAACAGGGUUUUGAAUUUAAUAUUCGAUAAUGAUAAGCCAGGUAUUAUUUUAACUGGGCAUGACCAUGAAGGAUGUGAAACAAUUUACAAUAGAAACUCUACAAAUGGGAAAUGGGUUGCCGCAAAUACAAUUUUAAAUAAUCAUGAUUUGAAUAUUAAAGAAGUUACCGUAAAGUCUAUGAUGGGUCAAUAUGAAGGUAACACAGGUAUUGUUACUGGUCAGUUUAAUAAAAAAAUUGGCAAGUGGCAAUGGUAUUAUACAGUUUGUCCAUUUAACCACGAACAUGUUUGGUGGGUUGCGAAGGUUACGGCUAUUAUCUGCUCAUUGGCUUGGCCUUUACUUUUAUUAGUGUUUUGA